AUGUACGGAGAAUUAGGCAACAAACUCGUCCAACACGCCAAACGCACCCAAUCGCUCGCCCACCUCCCUCCCUACCAAACCGAGCUUGUCCGCACCGUCGCCCGCGAAGUCCGUGACCUAGACCGCGACGUCGCUCACCUCCUCGCCCCCUUUGAAGGCGUCUUCAAUCCGUCCCAAGAGCCCGCUGUCGCAUGCGCCUUGUUAGUUGAUCACCUUUGCAUCCGGCGAAACAAGCGGUGCCUACUUGCCUACCACCGCGUCCGUACCGAGAAGCUAGAAGAGUUAUGUUGGAAGGGCAUCGAUGUACUAGAGCAGCAGGUACCACCAGCGACGAGCGGUGGCGUGGGACCUGAAGAAGGGGGAUCGUUCGGUGUACAGAGCUCGCAGGCGGGAAACGAGAGCUCGUUGAGUCCCGAGGAGGAGGAAUAUUUCCGGCAGUAUUGCGAUAUGCUUGCUACAUACAAGGGACAGUGGACGGAUAUCGACCUUACGGGGAGUCUGGAGCCGCCGAAGGAUUUGUUUAUUGAUGUAAGGGUUCUGAGGGAUGCGGGGGAGAUUCAGACGGAGUAUGGGGUCAUCAAUUUGACAAAGAAUAGUCAGCUGUACGUGCGACAUGGCGAUGUGGAACGGCUGAUUGCUCAAGGAUUCCUGGAGCGGCUGAGUUAA